AUGGCUCCUAGGACUUCUUUGUUUCAAUUGGAGGCAGCAGGGCGACAUUAUUGUGAAGAUCAUUGGGAUGCUCUCAAAGAUCAGCAUAACGAAAUUAAUUAUCUUGAUUUAUUGCAGUAUUGUUUCUCUUCUGCAUAUAUGCUGGCACUGUUGCAUGAUGUUCUUGGGAUUGCUAUGAAAGAGAAAAGGGUUGGAUUUGGGAGCCAGAAGAUUAACACUAAUGUAGAUUGGACACUUGGAUCAUUCAUAAUUGAAACAACGGCAGAACCCCUUGAACUGGAACAUAUAAAUACAGGGAUGAUUGUAGGGAAUGAAUCAGUCACAUAUUUUUCAUUAUUUGCAUUCCUUUUCUUAAUCAUACUUGCUGCAUUCUUUGUAAUGCAAUGGAGAAAGCCACAAUUGAAGACGGUGUACGACCUUGAGAAGGGACAGUAUAUUGUUACAAGAAUACGCAGGUGA